AUGGCCCUCUUCCAUUUCGUCAACUGCGUGGCCUUGUGCUUCCUGCCCCACGCCGUCUACUACCAUGCCACCGACAUGGCGGAGUACGAUGUCUUGGGCUCCGUGAUGCACGGGUUUGCCUGCCAGCUGGGGACGGCAUUCGCAAAGAUGGUGGUGCUUGCGUUCCUGCUGCCUGGGGCUGAUGCUAUUCACCAAGACUGGGCGAAGGACAGUGCCCAAAUGCUGGUGGCCUUGAUGGAUGUGAUCGGCAUCUGGUUUGCGCUGGUGUCGAAAUUUGCUCACAGGAAUACUUCAAAUGCGCAUAAGUUCCAGUCUGUUGGAGUAGGAUGGGCAUUUGCAGAUUCCCUCCUGAAACGUGCUGCUCCUCUCUACCUGGGAGCAAUCUCCCCAGAGUUUACCUAUGAUCAUAUUCAGUCGGCCAUCAGAUCCAACAUUGUGCUGAUUCAGUCCCUUUCCUUCGCAGCUGUUGGCACCCUUCUCUGGAACAAGAAGUCGAAGCCACAAAGUUUGGUACCAUUGCUCAAGCUCAGUCUCGCUGUGCAUGCAUUGGUGCCCAUGGCCAUGAGUCUUGCAGAGCAGCACUUGCACAUUGAAGGCUUCAUUGCUCUGGGAACCGAGUUGGCCAUCAGUGCUGCUUGUGCUCUGACGUCUUGGAAACUGUACUCAACGUGCACAUCCAAGAGAGACUGA